AUGGAGAUUACCUCCGCUGUUGCCGGUGGCUCUUCUCGCUCUGUCGAUCUUCUACAUUUGGUACAACCUCUCCAAGCCGAGAAAGCACAACAAGGUCCGUCAGCUGAGUCUGACAUCGCAACGAGGAAGCGACGUAUUUUCAUCGAUCUUGGCGCUAAUGAUGGUCAAUCGUUAGACUUCUUGGUCAAGUGGAAGGAGCGAGAAGGAAAGGAAUUCGACCCUUUGGAGUGGGAGGUGUACUUUUUCGAGCUGAACCCCCAAUGGGAGACCAAGUUGAAGUCCCGUUGCCAAGAGAAUCAGAAGAUCGCCAUUUGUAUACCGAUAAUGGCAGGCGCUUGGACCAAAACAGGCCAGAUUGGAUACUUCAAGGAUGCAGCAAUUUCGAAGCCAAAAACCAAGCAUGGCAUUGAGGUCCACUACGACUCGGUCGGCACUAGUCUGUACAAUCGUAAGGAGGAGCAAGCUGCUAAAGGGAAGAAGGGUGCUUGGCGUGAGGACGGCUGUGUGGUUGAUUUUUCCGGCUGGUUGAGGCGGGUGGUCCCUAUGGGGCAGAUGGAAGAGGUUCUAUUGAAGGUCGACAUUGAAGGAUCUGAAUACGAGCUGAUGGAGCAUCUCAUUGAAUCAGGCGUGAUGGAGGGAAGAGUCACUGUCGUUGCACUGGAAUGGCACCCCAAGAUAUUCUCCAAGUCUGCCAAACUUGGGAGUGUUGAAGAGGAGUCUAAGGCUCGAUCAGGGAUCAUUAGAGGCAUUCAAAGUCAAAACGUGAAGUACAUGGAAUGGGAAUACUGA